GGAGAGGGCGACGUGUCUGUUUUCCGGCUGGAUGAAGGUGCCGAGCUUCAGGAGCUCAAGGCUAGGAUACCUGCAAGCACGGUGACAAUUUCCUCGGAUAUUCUGGAGUUGGUUCUGUAAAGGAUGGCUGACUUACAAGAGAUAAAAGCCAGCCUGCCCCUGGAAGAUCAGGUGGCCAUCGACCAGCUGGGGAAGCAGCUAGCUGCAGAGAGGAAGCAGCUGCGCCUCUUCAGGCAUCCCAUACGCACGCUGUACUACUUUUCGGCGUGUGCUGGGUCGGCGGCUGUGCGCGGGGGGCUCUGGCUGCUCAAACACCGCAUCACUCUCACUCUCCUCUUGCCCGCCAUCGCAGGCUACAUCUUCUUGAAGCACACAGGGCAGCAGGCGGAGGAGCUGCAGAGAGCGGAGACGUGGGUGCAAUAUGUGGUGUGGUGGGUGGGACUGGGCAUCCUAUCCUCCAUCGGCCUGGGCACCGGCAUGCACUCUGGUCUCCUCUUCCUCUUCCCCCACAUGCUGAAGGUGUGCCUGGCAGCGGAGGAGUGUGGGCACCUGAACUUUGACUCGCGCGUCGACAUGUGGUGGAACUCGGACUCGUUCCACUGCGGCAGCGGCCCGCGCGGCACCGUGCACUUCCACGAUAUCUUCCUCAAGGUGUUACCGGCGGCGCUGCUGUGGGGGUCGGGGACGGCAAUUGGCGAGAUUCCGCCGUACGCAUUCUCGUACCACGCGGCCAAGGCGGGGAUCCGAAACGAGGAGUGGGACAACAUGUUCAAGGUGAAGCCGGUAUCGGAGGGGCAGGGCUUCUUCGAGGCGCUGCUCAACCGCAUGAAGAACUGGAUGCUCGGCUUCAUCCAGCGGCACGGUUUCUGGGGCAUUUUUCUGCUGGCGGCGUGGCCCAACGCGCUGUUCGACCUGUGCGGCAUCUGCUGCGGCCACUUUUUGAUGCCCUUCUGGGAGUUCUUUGGCGCCACCCUUGCCGGCAAGGCCAUUGUGAAGGUGAACAUGCAGGCGCUGGUGCUGGUGAGCCUGUUCCGGCAGCAGACGCGGGUGAAGGUGAUGGAGUGGAUAGAGUGGUGCCUGCCAGACCGCAUCCCCUGGCUCUGGGACGCGCUCGGCCACACCGCCACGCCCGCGCAGGUGGUGCACCAGGCCAUCGUGUCCAACAUCGCCUCCUUCCAGGCCGGCGUUGCCCGCCGCCAGGCCGCCACCUCACUUGACCGCAGGUGGUUCUGGGAGCGGCUAGGGGACAAUUUCAGGAGUGUAUCUGCGGCGCGGGCGUGGCUAUGGAGCUACGUGCCCAUCGUGGGCGGCGCCAGCGCUUGGCCCAGCCUCGUUUUCCUCAUGGUCAUGCACUUUGUGGUGUCCUGCCUGGAGCAGUUCGCUCAGAGCCAGGCCACCUAUGAGCACAACCGCGCAAUCCUGGCCGAAGCGCAACGCCGCCAGAAAGCCCACGCCUCUCGAUGAGAGUGCUCUCUGGGCCCGCCCCGGCAACUCUCCAAUUUGCCUUGCCAGGUGCUCUGCCUCCCUGCUGCCAGGUGCUCUGCCUCCCUGCUGCUGGAUCCAAGAGCAUGCUGCGCUGCUCCAAAAGCUGCAUAAUGGGCUUCCGUCCGUACACGGCCCAGAAAGGAAGGCUCUCCAUGCGGGGCCGCAGGCUCUCUCUUCUGCCGUUGUGCCAUGGUGAACAGCAGCGUGGGGUGCUUUCGUCGUGCCGUGUGGUCUAGCAGGAGGGAUGCAGCAUCCUGUUGGGCUGGUGGCCCUAAUUGUGCCAGUGUACGGGACAGCGCCUGGCAUAUUGAAUGCUGCCGCCUGGACAUUGGUCAGGGACCUGGGAAGUUGUCAUCUUUGCUGGAUGCAUUGAGCGUGCACAGUUGGGAGUGGGGAUUUGGCUCAGAUUAUUUGGACGGGGCAUGCGAUAAUAGCGGGCACUUGACAGGUGUUCUUAUGCCUUUCUAGCAGAACAAUGGAGGGACAUUCCCUCCGCGAAUGCACGCCAAUGGUGGGGCAGUCUUGUGGCGGGGGCUGUUCACACAUCUGCUCUGGGCUCUUGUACAGAUACAGAGGGUGAAGUUUGUAGAAGACUGGCUUAGGAAGACAGAUGCCUUCUGUCCUGCCAUCCUCACCGCUCUGGAUGAUAUCUCAUGGAUGCCAGUACCUGAGCCAAGGGUGUAGACGAGAUUCUGUCCAUUAUUGCCAGCAAUCAGACAACUGUUUCCAUGCCAGUUGCGGUUCCUUGCUGUACUAUGACAGAGUCUAGGCCCCUUUGGGUGGGGGUGCGAGCACUGUAUAAUCCAAAUUGCUGUUAGCCCUUGCAGUGACAGCUGUCUGCAGAAGAAUUCGACACGACCCUUGUUGUGAUGGGCGGUCAAGCGCUGUAGAAGUUGUAACUGAUGUAGAACCAACUUUACCC